GGUUUUUUUUUUAAAAAAACACACAUUUGACAAGAGAAAAAAAUGACCAUCAAAAUGACCUCUAUUUUCUCCAUGACUCUCUCAAUCUUCUUAAUAUCUUCCAUUUUCUUCCAUUUCUCCACAGCGUUGGGUGGUGGAGUUGGUGUUUGGACACCGUUAAAUAACGUUAAUGCCCCUGAUGUGGUGAUGAUUGGUAAGUUUGCUGUGGAUGAACAUAACAAAGAAGCAGGGACAAAAUUGGCAUUUCAAAGUAUAGCCAAAGGAGAAACUCAAGUUGUUGCUGGCACAAAUUAUCGACUAGUAAUUAACGCUAAGGAUGGUGGUUAUGUUCGUAAGUAUUUGGCAGUUGUUUGGGAUAAGCCAUGGGAGAAAUUUAAGAAACUUACUUCUUUUAAAGAAAUGUAAGUGUUGGUUGGUUAUAAUUUAAUGCGAAUUCAGGAUCUCGAGUCAGUGAAUUCAGAAUAAACAUGAUCAAUAUGAUCUUAUGAUAUGUAUGACGUUUUAAUGUUUUUUUGUAUGUGUAUAUAUUGUUCAAGAUC